CGCUGGUUGGCUGGUGCUGGGCGCGGCCCCGUCGCUGUCGCCCUUGCCCCGAGGAGCGGCGUUGGACGGCUCCGGCUGCGGGCCGGGGGGCGCCGCUGCCGCCAUGUUGUGCCACGGUGAGGGCCCGCUGAGCUCCCUCACGGUGCUGCUGGUGGCCGUGCUGGCGCUCAGCCGCAACCCGGCGCUGGCCUGCCUGCUGACGGCCGGCCUCUACCUGGUGCUGCACCUCUUCAGCCUGGAGCCCGCCCCGCCUCAGAGCGCCCAGCGCGUCCUCCGGCCCCGCGGCGCCGCCGCCCGCAUCGCCCACCGCGGCGGCGCGCACGACGCGCCCGAGAACACGUUGGCGGCCAUCCGACAGGCAGCUGAAAAUGGAGCAAUGGGUGUCGAGCUGGAUCUUGAAUUUACUGCAGAUGGUGUUCCCAUUCUGAUGCAUGAUGAAACAGUAGAAAGGACAACGGAUGGGUCUGGAAGAUUGUGUGACUUGACUUUUGAUGAAAUUAGGAGGCUUAAUCCAUCUGCAAAACAUUGGCUAGGGAACAAAUUCCAGGGUGAAAAGGUACCAACUCUGAGAGAAGCGGUUGUGGAGUCUAUGCAUCACAAUCUUAUAAUCUACUUCGAUGUCAAAGGCCAUGCAAAUCAGGCAGUUGACGCCCUAAAACAACUCUACCUGGAAUUUCCACGUUUGUAUAACAGCAGCGUAGUCUGUUCUUUCAUGCCAGAUGUUGUUUAUAAGAUGAGACAAGCUGACAGAAAUGUUGUAACAGCACUAACACACAGGCCUUGGCAUCUGAGUCACCUGGGAGAUGGGACACCCCGGUUCAGUUCCUCCUGGAAACAUUAUUUGUAUAUGACGAUGGACGUCAUUCUAGACUGGAGCCUGCACAGUUUCUUGUGGCGGUUGUGUGGGGUUUCAGGUUUCCUCAUACAGAAAAAUUUUGUUUCUCAAGAGUACGUGAGGCACUGGUCUUCAAAUGGAAUUCAAGUGGUUGCCUGGACAGUGAACACAUUUGCCGAAAAAAGCUACUACGAAACUGUCCUUGAAUCCAGCUACAUCACUGACAGCUUGGUGGAAGACUGUGAUCCGCAUUACUAGACCUGUGCGCUGUAGACACUCACCAACCCAAAUAAACCAUCUUACUCGGGGAGGUCUGAAUCAUCAUCGAGGGGGUAUCCACUGGCGCAGAGGGCACCGCUAACAACAGUCCUGCGAGAAGGAAGAGCAGUAGUUUUCUUCUGCUGUAUGUCACAUCUCUAAUGCAGAAAACCCCUCUGACAAAGCUGAGGUACAGCCGCUCGCAGGCUAAGGAGAUGGCACUGCGAUGUAAGGGUAUCAGUUCUGAUGAGCUAACUGGGCCAUGCCCUCUGUCUGCAGGUUGCUUUAUAAUUCUCAGACUAUUCUUUUAUUUCAUUUAAGUCUUGGUUAUAAAGUUAUUAUCAGCAAUUUUGGGUGGCAAAAUUUAAAAUGGUACCUUGAUUUUAGUGAUUUAAACAGCCUGUUCUCCAACGGUGUAAUAAUUCGAGGUUGAUUUAUGGCAUCUUAAAAACAUCUACAUUACUGUUCUCAAAACAGAACCUGAAAAUAAUGGUGCCAAAAUAGAGGGUGAGUAUAUUUCCCUCCUACUGCAUGGAAAGGUGGCGGUGCUGCGUCUUGACAAGGAAAAGAAAGCUAACUUUCCAUGUUCAAUGUGAAGACUAGGAGAAUUAAUGAAUAAAACUUGAGUAUCUUCUUACCUUCCAAACUUUUUAAGAGAACCAAGGGAGGAUGGAAGAUUAUGUCUUCUAAUGAUACAGCACAUGAAUGUAUUUAUUUUUAAAAGAAAGCUAUAUAUUGAGUGCUGUUAGUGGUAGACCAAAUAGAGCUGAAAUGUCUUCUUACUUUGCUUGUUUGCAUGAUUGAAGGGCACUCACAAGGGUAUGUGAGAAACUGGAAUCCAGAUUUCACUUGAAAUCAAAAGAGCGUGCAGUUACAAUAAACACACAUCUGAUAGCUCAUGGCGAUGGCAUUCUUUAUCAGCUGUGCACCAGCAGAUUGGUGUAAGAUGUCAAAAUUACUGCAGAUUGCUGCUACUUUUUCUAGCAAGUAAACCCCGAGAUGUUCUCACAGGUACCAUCAAGGUGCUAGGAACAAUUUUGGUUCUGCUCUGGCAGGAGCUGGUGGUUAGAGAAGAAUGUCAAUGAUCAGCAAGAUCAGAAAACUCCUGCAGAGCCAGCCCUAACAUAAACUACACUCCUUUUUUCCCUGUAUCUUAAGCUAUGUCUAAGCACAAAGAGCAGUUAGGAGGGGGUUUUUCCUGUCAUGAUGAUGGCAGCCUCUUCCGGUCGUGUCACUCAUCCACCCUGCACUGCAGAACCAACAGUCUUGGUCGUCUCGUGCACAUCCUGUGUCAAGCGUACAUUACACACUCACCCCCCUUCUGUCCAGCCAUCUCAUGAAUGCUGUCACCUCUGCCUUUCUGGCUGUGUUCUACAGGUGCUCCCUGGGCGGCCAGCAGAAGACCAAGUGGCCCAUCGUGGCAAAUGGCCCUUGCUCCAAAGGUCCGUUUUUUGUUACUGCUUGAGUUGCUGGCACUGAGUCUCCCCCUCAGUGCGAACACCAGGGACAUAUUCAAUACUCACAGCCAGACAUGCAGAAAAACAUCAUAAAAUUGAAUCUCUGGUCUCACAUUGUGUGUAAAGUUCAUCCUUUUUCUGUACCUUUGGUGUCUGGUUUUAGGUUGUCCUUAACUUAAAUUAUGAGCG